GGGGGCAGGCGCCCCGCGGGGAGGCCUGCCACGUGACUCCCGCAGCCCGGACCGGGCCGCCAGGCGGGGAGCGCCGCGGCGGCCCCAGGAGGUAGCGGCAGGCGCGCGAGCCCGGGCCGCGCGGGACUGGCCGUCGGGGGUCCCGGGACGGCGGUCCCGGGGGCGCCCAUGCCAUGGAGAAGCUGGCGGCCGGGCUGGCUGGCCUGCGCUGGAGCAUGGGCGCCUUCCCGCUCGACCUCAUCGUCAGCCGCUGCCGCCUGCCCACGCUCGCCUGCCUCGGGCCAGGGGAGUAUGCCGAGGGGGUCAGUGAGAGAGAUAUCCUGCUCAUUCACUCCUGCCGCCAGUGGACAACCGUGACAGCCCAUACUCUGGAGGAGGGCCACUACGUCAUCGGACCCAAGAUUGACAUCCCCCUGCAGUACCCAGGGAAGUUCAAGCUCCUGGAGCAGGCCCGGGAUGUGCGGGAGCCAGUGAGGUACUUCAGCAGCGUGGAGGAGGUGGCCAGCGUCUUCCCUGACCGCAUCUUUGUGAUGGAAGCCAUCACCUUCAGUGUCAAGGUGGUGUCGGGCGAAUUCAGCGAGGACAGCGAGGUGUACAACUUCACGCUGCACGCGGGCGACGAGCUCACCCUCAUGGGCCAGGCGGAGAUCCUGUGCGCCAAGACCACCAAGGAGCGCUCGCGCUUCACCACGCUGCUGCGCAAGCUGGGCCGGGCUGGGGCGCUGGCUGGGGUGGGCGGCGGCGGCGGCCCCGGGGGUGCGGGGGCCACGGGCGGCAGCACCAGGGCCAUCAAGGGCAAGAUGCCCUGCCUCAUCUGCAUGAACCACCGCACCAACGAGAGCCUGAGCCUGCCCUUCCAGUGCCAGGGCCGCUUCAGCACGCGCAGCCCGCUGGAGCUGCAGAUGCAGGAGGGCGAGCACACGGUGCGCGCCAUCAUCGAGCGCGUGCGGCUCCCUGUGAACGUGCUGGUGCCCAGCCGGCCGCCACGCAACCCCUACGACCUGCACCCCGUGCGGGAGGGCCACUGCUACAAGCUGGUCAGCAUCAUCUCCAAGACCGUGGUGCUGGGGCUGGCGCUGCGCCGCGAGGGCCCGGCGCCGCUGCACUUCCUGCUGCUCACGGACACGCCGCGCUUCGCGCUGCCGCAGGGCCUGCUGGCCGGGGACCCGCGCGUGGAGCGCCUGGUGCGCGACAGCGCCUCCUACUGCCGCGAGCGCUUCGACCCCGACGAGUACUCCACGGCCGUGCGCGAGGCCCCGGCCGAACUCACCGACGACUGCGCCAGCCCGCGCCGCGCGCGCCUCUGUCUGCCCGCGCCCCCGCGCGUCCCAGCCCUCGCGCGCGCCCCCGGCCCGCCCGGCGAUGGCGACCAGGAGUACGUGAGCCCGGACUGGGCCAGCGCGCAGGAUCCCGCCGUGCCGCCCGCGGAGAUCCCCUAUGAGGAGCUGUGGACGCACCAGGCUGCCGAAGGCCUCGCAGAGGGCCGGGCGCGGCCGCCCCCGGGGCCGGACCUUAUCUCCUUCGCAGCCCCCGGGCCGUCCCGCCUGGAGCCUGAGGCACCGCCGCCUCCCGUCCCCCCCAAGUCCGAGGCGGUGAAGGAGGAGUGCCGCCUGCUCAAUGCCCCCCCUGUGCCUCCCCGGGGCGGCAAUGGCAGCGGCCGGCUCUCGGGCAGCCCCCCGGUGCCCCCGCGGUUCCCCAAGCUGCAGCCUGUCCACUCACCUAGCUCCAGCCUCUCCUACUACUCAUCUGGCCUCCAGGAUGGGACAGGUUCCCGCAGCGGCAGCGGCUCUCCGUCCCCGGACGCCUACUCCCUUUAUUGCUACCCGUGCACCUGGGGAGACUGCAAGGCGGGCGAGUCGUCCAGCCGCCCACCCCCAGGACCCCUGCCCUCGACCACGCAGCCCAGCCAGGCCGCCCGGGCCCUUGCAGAGCCUCUGAGCAGUCGAGCCACCUCCCUCCUGGGGGCUGACACCCCCGUUCAGGCGUACCACAGCUGCCCGCCUCUGCUCAAGCCCUCUCACCCCCAGAAACGCUUCGCUCCGUUCGGAGCUCUCAACCCCUUUUCGGGGCCUGUCUACUCCUCAGGCCCUUCAGCAGCCUCCUCUUCUGGGCCCACCACCAACGCGGGUCCCCUGGCUACCUCCAGCCCUGCCUUUUCCCCAGGUCCAGGCUCCCCAGGCCAGGCCUAUUCAGCUGCUCCCCCCUCGUGCCCCACCUCGUCGUCCUCUUCCUCUGAGUGGCAGGAGUCAGCCCUGGAGCCCUUUGAUCCCUUCGAGCUGCGCCAGGGCAGUUCCCCGGAGCCCGAGCUGUUGCGCUGUCAGGAGCCCAGAGCGGUGGGGGCUCCCUGCCUUUCGCCACUUGGACCCCCCAAGGCCUUUGAACCGGAAGGUUUGGUACUGCGGCAGGUCCCCACCCCGCUGUCACCGGUGGGCCUGCAGGGGCCUGAGGCAGGCGGAGCACGGCUCCUUCUGCCCCAGGGGCGCCUGGAAGGGCCUCCUGCCAGUCCCCGGGAGGGGGCUGCAGGCUGGGGAGGCCGGGAUGCCUCCUCCUGGCAGCCCCCUGCUGACCUGUCUGCGCUCUCCCUGGAAGAAGUCUCUCGAAGUCUGCGUUUCAUCGGUCUCUCGGAGGACGUGGUGAGCUUCUUUGCCCGAGAACGCAUUGACGGCAGCAUCUUUGUGCAGCUCAGCGAGGACAUCCUGGCCGAUGACUUCCAUCUCACGAAGCUGCAGGUCAAGAAGAUCAUGCAGUUCAUCAAAGGCUGGAGGCCCAAGAUCUGAGCUUCCCAGCUCGCGGCUGCACAGCUGGGACGCUGGCCUGGAGGCCACGGGGUUAGCCACGGGUCCGCGGGGGGACAGUGGGCCCAGAGCAGGUCCUCCUGCAAGGAGAAUCCGUGCCAAGACUGAGGCAGCCAGGCGGCCCCUCUGAGGGAAUCCAGGGGAGACACACUGGGAAAUGGGGGCAUCUGGCCUUUGUUCUGAGAGGCACCGGUGUGCACCUGGGCCCGGGGACACAUUGCUGGGAUUCCCACGGUGGCGGGGCGGGGUGGGGUGUCAGAAGCUGGCCAGCAUGGUGACCUGACAUCCUCCCCCGCCCUUGUGGAGAGCGUCAGACAUCUUGCACUUCUCAAGCUUGUAGGUUCAGGUUAGAGACAAGGGCAGACGGGCCAUCAUUUAAGCACAAAUUCCCCAAGUGCCCCCCCGCCCCCGUGCUCUGUGGGCUUUUGGCCUUGGCCGCCCCAGAGUCUGGGGGCCCUUCCUGUAUCUCUGGGAUGCCCUUCCUUUCCCCUUGUAUGAACUCGGGCCCUGGCCCCAAGCACAGGUGUGUCAAGCCUGUGUUGCUGUGCCCCAAGGCUCUGGCUCAGGGCGCUGGUUGGUGGGGGAGGACUCCAGAAGAGCACAGCUUUGCCGCUGACCCGCUCACCUAGCUAGGGAGGCCGAUGUUCUAGACGUCUCUAGCGCCCCCGCUGCUGCCUUCCGUCCUGCGGGUUGGGUCGGGUCGGGUCUGAGGUUCUCACUCCCUGGAGAAGCGGGUAGAUUGAGGUCAGCUGCUCCUGGAUUGUAGCGGCAAGUGGCCUCCAAGCACUCCCACUUCUGCCCGGCUCCUGCCCCCUUCACUGGGCUCCAGCAAACACCUGGUGUCCUUCUCUGGUCUGUCACUGGCCUAGGUGGGAUGGUUGGGAAAGAGAAAGCACCGUGGUUUGGGAAAACCGGCUUUCUCCUUGCUCCUGGAGCCCAGGCCUCCUGUGCUUGUGCCUAUGCCUGUCAGGUCUCUGGGGCCUGGAACCGGGCGUGGCAGUCUGCUGGCACCGGGAGCAGGCUGGCCGCUGUGUCCAACCAGCCGUCCCCCCACCCCCAACUCUCCCGGUCCCCCUUCCCCCGCCCCCCGGGGCUGCACUAACUCUCCUCAUGCCACUAGCGGCAGGCCCCGGCCAGACCAGCCUUCUCUUCUGCCUUACCUAGCUUACCUACCUAGAUAUUUAUUUGCUCCAUUUUCCUCUGAAGUAUAGUGAGGCCACGCUGGUGCUCGCGCCCGGGGCAGUCGCCUCCGCUCUGGGCCAAGGGGAGUCCGGAAGUAGAGCACACACGCUGAUGCUGAAGCAUUGGGCUUCCCUGCCGAUCACUCUGUGAAUCCUCAAGGACUUGUGAAAUAAAUGCUAGAGCACUGAACAGGAGUCGGGGGGCAACUCUGGGUGUCAACCCUCUUCCUCUGGAGGGCCCAGGGGACCGGCAGGUACAAGGCAUGGGCCUCCAGGCAGGGGAGGGCUUUGGAGUGGGGUGUGCACGUGGCCCACUCCUGGGUUCCCUUCCGAAAGCCCCUCCUCAGCCCCUCCCCUACAAGAACCUUCCAUCUCUCACCAGCGUUUCAACCCAAUUCCUAGUGCUGCUGACUGGAAAGCUCCCUGUCCUCAGCCGGCGCCCAAGUUUAAGUUCCUGCACUGACCAAACGGCUGCCUGACGCCCUCCCAGAGCCCCCAUUUAGAAUCCCAUUAAUGGCUCUGCGUAGAGCAUCCGUUCCCUAUUUCCUACUGAUCAUCUGAAAAUCCCAGCACACAGGUGACUCGGUUUUAGGGUUUGGCUUCGCAGCACCUGGGAGUGGUCCGUGGAAUCAGCGGGAGGCUCUCUGUCCACGGGCCCCAGCAAAGCUGGCGCCAGGGGUCGGCGAGGCACCGGCACGUGGAACAGAGGCAGGAGCAGUGGGUCACGGCGUACUGGGACUUCAGUUCUGCACACGUGUAGUGUGGGCCCCUCCACCAGACUGGGCAGGAGCCCCGAGGCUGCUUCCACACACCGGGGUCUGCUGCCGCUGGCACAGGAUCAAAGGGACUCCCCGGCCCAGAGGGCACCGGGAGGGCAGAGCGCCAGUGGGUUGGCCGGGCACUCCUUGAACAGCUCACCAUGUGGUCUCCGGUGAUCCUCCCAUUCUUCCGUGCUCAGGGCCAGCCAAGACGAGCAGGAUCUACUGGCCAGGAAAAUAGUCUCUCCUCUGCUUCACUCCAGUGUUAACAUCCCGAAAGCACAUGAGUCCCACUACGAAAAGCACUGGGUGCCAUGGUACCACAAGGCAUUACAAUUUGGGGAAGGAGGUCUCUUACAACCUGGCCUCCAAGCCUGUGGCACUUCACCUGCUCUGUUCAGUCAGGCCUGUCUCCCACGGCAAGCGGAAGCCUGCUGGAGCAGGUCUAUACGGCCAGGUUCCGAAGGCUUUAGUGCGUUAAGUCUCCCUUUAUCAUCACGGUCUCUCUCUCAAGGUGCUGUCUAGAACUCUC